AUUUACGAAGCUGAGGCCGGCGUUCGCGGUAGUUCGCCGGGAUCUCUCUCUGCGCGGAGUCCGACAACGCAUCUGGAGAUUUUCGCUGUGGUGUGCUGCCUCGCGGAUUCUUUUGUCAUCGGGGUCCGGUGCAUUGGCUCUCGGAAAUCUUCGCGUCGCAGCGAGACGUCUGUGCAGUGAAACAUCCCGUCUGCUUUGCGUGAUUUUUUUUUUUUUUUUUCGACCCGAAGAACCGCGCCGUCGAGUGAGUGGUUUUGGUGGUGACGUCCGCGCUAGCUCUGUGCGCGGGUGGUCGUCGACCUUCGACUUCGACGAGAGUGACUCGGGAUUUGACGUCUGCGCCGCGGCGUGGGGUUCUGACCUUGGGUGAUCGGACUCCCGGCGUCCGGAGGACGGACGGACGGACGGACGCUGCGGAGCCGGGAUCGCGGGACUUACCAAGGGUUGCGCCGCACCACUGCCGUUAGGAGCAGGGCUGGGCGAGGAACCGAUGCCGUGGAAGGAAAAACCUCACUCUUCUGACUACAGCGACACCGGCGUCGGCAAAGGACGGGCCCCGUGGUGGACCCGGAGGGCGGGAGCGGCGUUGCCGGCGGUGCGCUGGCGUCUCGGCCCGGAGUGGGCCUAAGAUGCGCGGCCAUGUCGAGCAGCAUCGGCCGCUGCAACGGGGUCAUGAACGGCCAGGGAGGCCUCAUUCAGACGGGCCCCUUCCACGGCGGGGGGCCCCUGCAGCAGCAGCCGCAGCGGGGAGGAGGAGGAGAGCCCAACGGGCCCCUGCUGGAGACCACGACGGUCAAGAAGGGCCUCCUGUGGCAGCAGUGGGACAAGUUCUUCAGCAGGUGGAAAGAACGCUACUUCGUCCUCACCAAGGACUAUUUGGCGUGCUUUAAGAAGGAGUCCAAGGUCGGAACUUCGGAGAUGGGUGGAUUCCUUUACAAGGUGAACUUAGCGGACGUGGCCGGGCUGCAGUGGGCCGACAAGAAGCGGACAGGGGUUAUCGCUCUUCGGGUGGGCACCGAGGGCCAGCUCCUGCUCUGGACCAACUGCGGCCUCGACGACUGGAUGUUCGCCCUUAGAGACGCCAUCGGACGAAGCAAGGGCCGCAGGGAGGCCCUGCGCAAGGCCCACACCCUGGGACCCCAGUUCUAUGACGGGGGACUCACCAAGAGGCAAGCCCUGCUGCUACAGCACACGCUCUCGUCGGAGGCCCAGUCGCCGUCGUCGUCGGUGCGCACGUCCACGUCGUGCGAGCUGCGCAGCCUGGGAGAGCGCACCCCUACGCCGAGCCUGACCCGCAAGGCGCAGAGGAUGUCCCUGGCCACGGACGCCGGCGCCGACUACGACACCCGCUCGGUGCCCUGGUCGGCCCCGCUGGGUCCCCGGCUGGCGCCCCAGUGCACGGGCUCGUACAGCUCGCUCGUGUCGCUGGGACAGCGCUCGCUCGGUGCCCACCGGCCGUCGCCAAGGUCCCUGCAGGUCUCCCCGGCGCUGGCGCAGCGGUCCCUGUACGCGCAGCACGUGCUCAACUCCCCCGAAGCCUCGGCGACGUCCAACGGCCACCGCGGAGGCGGCCGGUGCGGCGCCACGGCCUCGGCCACGCUCGAGUUCUCCUACAUCCGUCCAGACUCGCCGGUCACGCUGACGGGGCCCCGGCGAAGCACGCUGGACGGCCACUGUCACCGGUCCCAGUCGUGCUUCAGCAACCCGUUCCUGCAGCUGGAAGAGCAGCAGAAGCUCUUGCAGCAGCAGAGACGACAGCAGCAGCAGCAGCAGCCUUUCAUACUCCACGAGCUCCGGGGCGCUCUGCCCAGCGACGAAGACCCGCGGCCGUCGAGUAUCUACGGCCAGCCGUCGAUGACGCAGAUCGACAAGGCAGCGUACUCCCUGCAGCCGCCGGACGUGGUGCCCAACCACCGGCCCUCGGCGUCCAAGCUCAUGAAGCGAGCCGUGAAGGCGUACACGCACUCCAAGUCGGACUCGGCCUUUGUGCUCAAAGCCAGCCCGUCCCAGCUUCAGGGGCAUCUGGCCGUUACCUGAGCGGUCGCCAUUAGGUGGACAGUGGACCGUUCCUUUGUCUUCUUGUGGACGCUGGCUCUGUUCGGGUCGUCGUCGUUCGCGUCGAGAAAGUAUCGCUGAAUCGAAUCUCGUGCGGGAAGGAACUCUUUGAACAGAAAGUCGCUCUUUUUAUCUCCGGCUACACGGUCGAGCAGACUGUGAUGUGCCGAAGAGGGAUCGUGGUAAUUCACUCACCUAGACAAGAUGCGAGUUUUGAAUUUGCAGGGAUCCGUUCAAUUGAGCUCCGAAGUAGUCAGGUAUGAUCAAUUUGAAAGGAUUGAAAAGGGAUACGCGGAAACAUAUGGGAGGGAAAGCAGCUCGAAUUAUGGGAAAGCUAGAGGGAACCCGUGAGAAAGAGGAAAAGCUGCCAAGCGUACAAACACAGCCUGAUCGUCACUUCCGCCACACAGCAGGUUAGUUUCGAUAUAUAUUCGUUGAGGUCGCACGGAUGUUCCCCGUCCGUUGCAGUUCCCCGAUGCCCGUCGUUGGGACCCGCCCCGGUCUCGACGUCAAGGGGAACUUCACGGCGAUCGCGAGUGGUCCGCGAACGAAGGAGGGUUGGAACGCGCGAAAGUUCAAAAUGCAUCGAAGAUGGUCGCCGCGUGAUCUGCUGGAAGUCAUCCUAGUUCACCGGUGUGUAUAUGUAGACUUCGGGUCUCAAGAGUGGGAGAAAGUGUUGGACGAAUUCCUACCCUUACAAAUCCCGGUUCCCCGCCUGCGCCCUUCUAUACAACAAAUCCACCACGAGUUUGUAUAACACCACUGUGAUAUCUUUAUUUUAUUCGUUUUCCGGUGUGUACAACCCACGAGCCGUCAGUUUGUUUUCAGAAUGUCCCUCCCCUUCUGUCCUCUCGCCCCCUAGGUUCCUUCCCCGCGCGAAGUCUGGGGUCAUUUUUUUCCCACCCGAGGCAAGUUUUUGCGAAGAAAUAGAAAAGUAACGUGCUUGCAGCCGUUGUGGCACUUUCCUGGUACCACAAGCCAUCGUGCCCACUUCAAAACGACAUGGCGACCUCAGAUAUCGAAGUGGAAAGAACCGGAGGUCGUGACGUGGGUAGCGUGACGAGGACCAGAACACCCAUCGCUGCGUAGCUUUGGUGAUGCUCACCGAAGACUGAAACUUCUAAGCCUGAAAUGUCAUGUCAUGGCCUGAUCUGCACAUGCUUAUUGGACAUAAAGUAUUGAUUUCUAUGGCAACCAAAAGGCUGUAGCUGCUCCACGUCACAGUUCACGUGACUUUGAUUCGCAUGACUCCGGUUUUUCCUUCGCUCUGUGUGACCACCGUGUCGAUUUGAAGCGGAUUUGAGCGUCAUGUUCUUCGGAACGCCCCAGCCUGCGUCUCACUGCCAGUUUGUCAAAGUUGCUCUUAUAGUGAGUCAGGCGCGCGGCAGGUGAAGGAGGUUGUAGCCCGAGAUCGAAGUGGCGGAGAGGGCACUAGGUUAUCGUCGUGUUUUCUUGCCAAUCCCCUCGUCGCCGAAUUUGCAGACGAGGUGCGUUUUAACUUAUACCGCGCUUGUUCCAUAGCUCGUGUGUGCUAGUGCGAACGGUGUCUUGUCUCUGUCAAUGAGCUCGCGAACACUGAACACCCUCUUUUUGUAACUCGGAACGACGGGAGAAGAGGAACCUGCCGUUGACGCCCAGUGGCGAUGUGUGUACAUGCAUCUUCCAGUGCACUUCAUUAGAAAGCAAUUUCACCAGUGCUCUCCAAGAACCGAUUGUGAAUGCGUGAAAGGCUUAACCAACUCCCCCUUCGAAUUUGUCUGCUUUUGUUUCUCAGUUUCCCCGUGUAGGUUAAAGCAUCGGCACGUGCAUCUUAAUGGCGCCGAAGUUGAUGACAGCACCGAGAGCGUCUAGAGGGCACCGUCACUCUUCGUACGACAAGCACCCCGGUGUAUAGGACACGGCCACUUGAUCUCUGUUUGAUAACAAAACCUCGCCAGGCGAAACGUGUGCAGAGCGCAGCGCAAUAUCGUGACAUGGAGAGAUUUUACGUACCCUGGUGUCUUAAGACCUAGAUGACAUUGCUGUCUUUUCGUACAUAUUCAAAACGACUCUAGAGCAUGUACCUAAAAUCAGCGUUCAAAUUUUAAAACAAAAUGGAGAAGGGGGAAAAAAAAAAGAUCAUCCGCGUGUCAUCAUGACGAAGGACACUUGCGAUGUAUCAUCACAGAAGCCCAUUCGCGAUUAUUAAUAACAUAAAAGUCAGAGACGUGCAAGAUGAAGUUGGCCGUGACAAACGACCGGCUCACCAAAAAAGGCGCCGUGACCCUGGAUUUCAUAAAUUACGCUAGGCACUGCAAUUGAACCGACGUGAAAACAGUAGCCCUGUAUCCGAUAUGCAGGUUGGAACUCGCCGUUGACACAUUACCGGGAGCAUCCGAGAUUUAACCGUUUCUCCGUGAUUUCUGUUUUAUUCUUAGUUCCGCGAUACCAUUGUAGUAAUAGAAGGAUCCAUCACCGUCACGAAACUUUUGUAUACAUAAGGGCGCGCCUUACCAAUGCAGUCCCCUGGUGGCCGUGCUGUGGAGCUGCAGCUGUGUUAGAUCCUGUAAACAAAGGGCGGUUUUACACCACGCGGCCGGCGCGCAGCCGGUAUGGCCUAUUCCGCCGCGUAGCUGUCUCUCUCUCCAUUGGUUGGCUGGGUGUCACCUGACACGGCAAGUGAACUGGCAGCCAAUCAGAGGCGGCUAUACUGCGAAAUCUUCGACGUGACACUACGUCGAGCGCAACCGACGCGGCCCGAGGUUUUGGUGGUUUAAAACCAGCCGAAUUCGGUACGACGACGUAGCAUAGAACACACGAUCCCGAUGUGUGGGGGUAGAACGGAGUAGCAUUUUUAUAUAUAUAUAUAAAAACCGUUUCAGAAAGCGGUCAUUUCUUUUUUUUUUUUUAAUGAUAAAUACCCUGUUUUAUUCGAAUGGGAAAAGUUUCGACGACAAACCUGAAGUUUGCACACAACGCGCACAAAUGGUAGAAAUACAUUGGUUAUCAAUAGCUGGGGAAAGUAGACUAAUUGAUUUGUUCUUUGCUCGAAGAAAUUUACUUAUCUUAUGUUGUUGUUGUUGUUUUUUUUUUCUUUUAGAGCAGGGGUUUCUAAACUUUUUGGCUAAGGGGCCGCAAUAGUGAUCUACCGCAAACUCGAAGGCCCGAAAAAAAAAAAAAAACAUUAGUUAUAAAAUAGGAAAAACUAAGUAAACCUAAAUACGCAUUUCAACACAAUAUAUAUAUAUAUAUAU